UUCAGCACUGCGCUUGCGCAAAUCUGUUGUGUACGCUCGGGGAUAUUUUUCCCGCGAGAUGAAUUUUGAGCAAAAUUUCUCUUUUCGGAUCUUAUAAAUGCUGAUAUGGACAUGAUUAAAUGCUGAAGUCGACUGCUGUCAAUUACUGGAAUAGUCUCAACCUCCUACCAUCAUGGGAUUCCUAAAAUUGUUGAUGCUGGACAACUUUAAGUCCUACCAAGGCAAACAGACAAUCGGUCCAUUCAAGCCAUUUGCCGCUAUCAUCGGUCCAAAUGGGGCAGGAAAGUCCAACUUGAUGGAUGCCAUCAGUUUUGUACUGGGAGAGAAGACGUCCAAUCUUCGUGUGAAGCGACUGUCUGAGCUGAUCCAUGGAGCUCCCAUUGGCAAACCGGCAUCCAACAGGGCUACUGUCUCAGCUAUCUAUGCUGAAGAAGACGGUAGCGAAACACAGUUUACCCGCAUAAUCAUGGGAGCUUCUUCGGAAUACAGGAUUGACAACAAGGUAGUGAGUGCAGCACAGUACGCAGAAGCCCUGGAGAAGAUUGGCAUCCUCGUCAAAGCUAGGAACUUCCUUGUAUUCCAGGGUGCUGUCGAGUCUAUUGCCAUGAAGAAUCCCAAGGAGCGAACUGCCCUCUUCGAGGAGAUCAGCCGUUCUGGUGAGCUGCGGGAAGAGUACGAGCAACGGAAGGCUAACAUGAUCAAAGCAGAGGAGGACACACAGUUCAACUACCAUAAGAAGAAAGGGAUCGCUGCCGAACGCAAGGAAGCUAAGCUUGAGAAAGAAGAGGCAGAGAGAUACCAGAAACUCAAGGAAGAAUUGGCUGACAAGCAACUCGAGUUUCAACUCUUCAAACUGUAUCACAAUGAGAACGACAUCAAACGGCUGUCUGAUGAAUUGGGGGGUAGGAACGAGGACCUUAAGAGGUCUGUUGAGAAGAGAGAAGGAGUAGAGGAGCGCAUUCGAGGAAAGAAGAAGGAACUUGGACAGCUGACCAGAGAGUUGGCUGCUAUUGAGAAGGACACAAGAGAGAAGGAAGUAGAGCUGAAUAAAAAGAAACCACAGUUCAUCAAGGCCAAAGAGAACACCAGCCAUAUGAACAAGAAGUUGGAAAAUGCAAAGAAAUCUCUGAAGUCUGCCAAGAAGGCUCAUGAGAAGCACAUGGCUGAUAUCAAGGAGCUGGAAGAGGAAUUAGAGGCUAUUGAGAGGAAGAGACACGAUUAUGAGGAGAGAUUGGAGGAGGAGAGUCAGAGCCAGGGCAAGGACAUGACCCUCGAGACAUCACAGGUUACUGAAUACCACUCCCUGAAGAAAGAGGCUGGUAUGAGAGCAGCACAGCUCCUGCAGGAGCUAGAGAAACUCAACCGAGAUCAAAAGUCUGACCAAGAUAGGCUGGAGAGUGAACGCACACGCAAGUCAGAAAUACAAGCCAAGAUCAAGCAGAAAGAACAUGAAAGGGAGGAGAAUCAGAGACGUCUUGAGAAGCUGAAUGAUUAUAUCCGGGCGAGUGAAGCAAACAUUGCCGAGCAGACCCGUCUUCGUGAGAGUCUUGAGGAGGAGGUGAUGGGAGCAUCAAGCCGGAUGCAGGAGAUUGAGACGGAGAUGGUAUCCAUCGUGGAGCAGCUAGGAGAAGCCAAGGUGGAUAAACAUGAGAGCGCACGUCAUCACAAGAAGGCAGAACUCAUUGAUAAUCUCAAGAGACUCUUCACUGGGGUGGUUGGGCGUUUGAUUGACCUCUGUGAGCCUAGUCAGAAGAAGUACCAGAUAGCCGUCACCAAGGUGCUGGGAAAGAACAUGGAUGCCAUCAUCGUGGAUUCAGAGAAGACAGCCAGGGACUGUAUCCAGUACAUGAAGGAACAACGCUCAGACCCAGAGACUUUCCUACCCCUAGACUUCAUUGAGGUCAAGCCCAUCAAUGAGAAACUCAGAGAGAUCCGUGAACCUCGUGGUGUCAGGCUUGUAAUCGACGUCAUCCGCUACGAUCCACCCAACGUCAAGAAAGCCCUGAUGUAUGCCUGUGGUAAUGCAUUGGUGUGCGAGACAGUGGAGGACGCCCGUACCAUCGCCUUUGGACGUUAUGAAAGGCACAAGGCGGUGGCCCUGGAUGGAACAAUGUUCCAGAAAUCUGGAAUCAUUUCAGGUGGUGCUAGUGACUUGAAGGCCAAAGCCAGACGUUGGGAUGAGAAAUCUCUCAAUAAUCUCAAGACACGUAAAACAGAACUGACUGAUAGCCUCAAGGAGCUACAGAAGACCAAACGUAAGGAGUCUGAGCUCAACAACAUCAGGUCCCAGAUCAACGGGCAGGAGACCAGACUGAAAUACUCCGUCAACGACCGAGAUAACACUCAAAAGAAAAUCCUUGCCAACAAUGACAAAGCCAUUCAGAAGCUCAAUCAGGACAUGGAAGGGUUUGAUCCUCGUAUGAGUGCCAUCGAGGAACAGAUCUCACAGCGAGCUGAGCUGAUCAAGGCCAAGACCACCUCCAUGAACCGUGUCGAGGAUGAGGUCUUUGCAAACUUCUGUGAUCAGAUCGGCGUUGCCAACAUCAGGCAAUACGAAGAGAAGGAGCUGAGGGCCCAGCAGGAGAGGGCCAAGAAGAGGCUGGAGUUUGAGAAUCAGAAGUCGCGUCUCGCGAACCAGCUGGAGUAUGAGGGAUCCAGGGAUACAGAAGCCAAUGUGACCAAGUGGAAAAAAGAUGUGACUAAAGAUGAGAAGGAUUUGGAAAAGCUAAAGAAGGAGGAAGCAAAACAGAUGAAGAUUAUCGAUGAUGAGACAGAGUCAAUGACAAAACUGAAAUUCUCCAAGACGACCAAGAAAUCUCAAAUUGAUGAUAAGAAUUCUGAAGUGGAAGAGAUCCGUAAGCAGCUCAUCUCAUGCAACAAAGAAAUAACAGCUGUCCAGAAGCAGAUCACAGCUAACGAGACAAAGCUUGAACAGAAGAAAGCCGAUCGUCACAGUCAUCUCAAAGCCUGUAAGAUGGAGGAUAUCAAGCUUCCAAUGAAGAGAGGAAACAUGGAUGACAUCUCAGAAGAAACAGAGCAUAGUAGCAGCCAACGUGAUGCUGAUGACAUGGAGAGUAUGACUGGAGCAGAUAGUAUGAGCAGCCAGGGCGCUAAGUCAAUCUACGCUAGAGAAGCUAAUAUCAUCAUCAACUACCGCAGGCUUAGUCACAGCCUCAGAGAGCUUGAUGGAAGUGAGAUCAAAGAAGAGGCUGAUAAAUUAGCAUCUGGGAUUACCAGCAUGGAAGCAACACUACAGAGGAUAGCUGCUCCUAACAUGAAGGCCAUGGAAAAACUGGAUGGAGUAAAGGAGAGAUUCCAGUCAACCACAGAGGACUUUGAGGCAGCCAGAAAGAGAGCCAAGAAAGCCAAACAAAACUUUGAGAUCAUACGCAAGGAGCGAUACGAGAGGUUCAAUACCUGCUUCGAACAUAUCUCAAACAGGAUUGAUGACAUCUACAAGGCUUUGUCUCGGAACCACAGUGCCCAAGCCUUCCUGGGACCAGAGAAUCCUGAGGAACCCUAUCUGGACGGCAUCAACUACAAUUGUGUAGCCCCAGGAAAGCGCUUCAGGCCCAUGGACAACCUGUCUGGAGGAGAGAAGACUGUCGCUGCACUUGCCCUUCUCUUUGCCAUUCACAGCUAUCGACCAGCACCUUUCUUUGUGCUGGACGAGAUCGACGCUGCCCUUGACAACACCAACAUCAGCAAGGUAGCCGAAUACAUCAAGGAGCAAUCAGAGUCCCAGUUCCAAUGUCUUGUUAUCUCACUCAAAGAAGAGUUCUACAACCAUGCUGAUUCCCUCAUUGGAAUCUACCCAGAGCAAGGGGAGUGCAUCAUCAGCAGAGUCUUGACCCUUGACCUGACGGAGUACCCAGAAGCCCCAGCAAUCCCCAACCCCAUCACCGGUAUCCGCUAAAUCCUUCCUCCUGACCCCUCCUCACCUGGCCACACCCACACACUCGAUCUGCUGCAGUUAUCCUUGAAUAGUUGGAUCAUACAAUAUCAUCAUACGAUUCAUUUGUCUGUUUGGAGUCUACUUUAUUUGAAGAAUAAUACAUAAAUUCAAUUUAAAGUUAACAAACCUUUGAUGAAAAAAUGUGUAAUUCCUGUAGUAAUUGAUGACAUUUAGGACUAAAUAUUUCAUAGCAACAGGGCUGAAAAAUGGAUUUCAAGACAACAUGAUAUUUGUUUGAAGUCAUUUGAAACGUGGUGUAGUUGGAAACAGUAAUGGCAUUUCAUCUCAUUUGAUGUUGAUUAAAAGUACAGGCAUUAAUAUCUGAGAAGCCAAAUGUAUUUGUUAACACCUCAGUGAAGCAAUUGAGAAGUAAUAAAGUUGACUGUUUGCAUGAAACUAUAAGCAAAAAACACAUUUGAUACACUCUUGCAACUAAAUGCAUCCAUCAGUUUUUUACAAACCCUCAGCCUGUUAUUUUGCAUAGGUUCAUGUGCCCUUAGAGUCAUGGUCAUCAAUGUGUAUUUACUUAUAAAUAUUCCUACAGAAGAGAAUCAGGCAAUGUAGCAAGUGAAUGCUUCCCAGGUACUUCCUUUACCCCCAUCACUGGCCAUGAUUCGAGUCUCAAUUGGUGCCCAAUAUUGACAUCUCAAUCCCUCCCCUUUAACAUGUGCAUAUGCCGUAUGUGUGAUGGGUUGGUCUAAGACCAUCACAGAGGGCCUCCCUGAAGCUUACAAGUUUUCUAUAGCUAUGUUCACACAAAGCUAAUUUCGCAAAACCUCAAAGUUUUAAACUAUGAUCCUCUAACAAAGAUGAGGGUUCGACGGGAUUGAAAAAACUUAUAUUCAAAGUUUUAAACUACAUAAGUGUGCAGCCAUUGUAACUACAAGCUGGCGUAACCUCCAAGUUAAUUGCGUUUCGCACGGCACUUAACUCUGAGUGUGGACCCCUGUUUCUCUAACCAUAAAAUGGUUACUCUAACUAUAAAAUGGCACAUGGUUCAUAACUUUGAGUCACCUUUUAAGAGUCUUAACCACAAGGUCCGUACAGUCUGUAACAAUAAGAUAACCUCAAAGUUUUAAGCCCUACCUGAGCUAGUUACUCUCGUUUGAACUUAACUUUUGUCUGCUACAUAUUUGGGGAUUGUGGACCUAACUAGGUCAAUGCCAUUACCAGCCAUGUGUUUUUGUUUGUUUGCUCAGAUAAAGGAAUGCUCUGGGUUGAUCUAGAUAAAAGAGUGAUUCACAAAUUGAUAUGUAAUGUAGCACAGUAUGUCGUUUUGGAUCUAGGGUCAAAGGUUAGGGUCAUGGGGUUAGAGAUGAAUUCAUUUCUUCGACCUCAGGCACUUCUUUAGCUGAUGAUUGUAUAGAUGUUAUCAUAGUAUUGUAUGAAUAGUUGUAAGAAGUAUGUCAUUGCCUACAUUUCCUUUGAACCUCCUAACUUUUUUCAGAAUCAACAUCCUUAAAAAAUGUCUGAAAACAAUUAUGAACAAAUUCUGGUGCUGGGACUUUACAGCAUGUGAAAUAUAUUGAUAAUGGACUGAUAUUGUAUUUAUUAGUAUCCAAAGUGUCAUGAUUAAGCCAUUUUUGUGCAUUUAAGGAGGAUGUUUAUCUUUCACAAUUGUAAUGUAAAUAAGUGAAUUGUAUUUCAAACCUUAAUAUCAGUUGUAAAAAAUGAAAAAACACUGUUCAAGUCUUGUUACAUGUACAUAGCGCAUUCCAGUAUUUUACACAAACUCUCAAUUCUCCAUGUUUUAUACAGCAGGUUUAAAUGUAAUACCAGUUUUUGAAAGUGUAUAUACAGAUUACUCGUUCAUUACUUUCUAGUGUAUGAUCUAAUGAUAUGAUGUAAUAUGAUAUCGGAAUGAAGGGAAAACAAAAAAUACAUGUAAGUUCAUCAUGUUGGGCCAGAGUUAUACAGUGUAGAUAGCCUUCUUCUCUCAUUUUUUGUCAAAAAAACCCAAGUAGUUUUUGUUCUUAACAACUUUCUCCAUGUUAUUUCUUUUUAGGAUCUUGCUUGAAUUCAGGUACACCUGUACCAUAAAUCAGAAUUGGAGGGGUUAAUCUUUAUUACUGUGUUUCAAGUGUCUUUGAAUUCCUCAUAAAUUCUUAUAUUUAUAAAAUUCAUCAUAAAUAAUCCAUGCUUCUCUGAAACCUUUGUGUCAAUACCUCACCUAAUAGUAAUUUUUGUCUUGUAUUUUGAUAAAGAUCUUAAACUUAACUUGAACAUUUUCUAAAGUUGUACAGCUCAUAUUUUUGGGAUUCUAUGUAUCGUGUUAGAAUUUGAUCUUUGUGUUAUCUUGUAUUAACUGUGCGAAGAGAUAAUGAGAUUAAGAACUGUGUUUAUCGUUCAAAUAUGAAUACAUGUAGACUCUUUUAAUUGUGGUAGUAUGAAAUUAAACAAUCCAAUUCUUGUUUGAAAA